GGCAGGUGCUGGAAGAUUUAACCCCGGAGCCACACUUGUGGGAGGCUCGGGAGGGCGCCGGUGCGGGCGUAGCCCCCUGCGUGCCCAGCAGCCUCCACCUGCCUAGUGACCAUGAUAGUGUUCGUCAGGUUCAACUCCAGCCAUGGUUUCCCAGUGGAGGUCGAUUCUGAAACCAGCAUCUUCCAGCUCAAGGAGGUGGUUGCUAAGCGACAGGGGGCCCCGGUUGACCAGUUGCGUGUGAUUUUCGCUGGGAAGGAGCUUAGGAAUGACUUGACAGUGCAGAGCUGUGACCUGGAUCAGCAGAGCAUCAUUCACGUUGUGCUGAGACCCUGGAGCAAAGGCCAAGAAAGGGAGGGCCCUGGAGGAGAUGGCCCACGGAAGGCUGUGGAGGGCUCAGACAGAGAGCCUGAGAGCUUAACGCGUGUGGACCUCAGCAGCUCUGUCCUCCCAGCCCACUCGGUGGGUCUAGCUGUGAUCCUGAGCGACGACUCUGAGAGGGUUCUGCCAGCCAGAAGGCAAGCCGGUAGACGAACCUACAACAGCUUUUAUGUUUACUGCAAAGGCCCCUGUCAAAGAAUACAGCCAGGAAAACUGAGGGUGCAGUGCAGCACCUGCCAGCAGGCAACGCUCACCUUGGCCCAGGGUCCAUCUUGCUGGGACGAUGUCCUAAUCCCAAACCGGAUGACUGGUGAAUGCCAUUCGGCAAACUGCCCUGGGACUACAGCCGAGUUUUUCUUCAAAUGUGGAGCACACCCGACCUCUGACAAGGAAACGUCCGUAGCUUUGAACCUGAUCACAACGAACAGUAGAGACAUCACCUGCAUAACGUGCACCGACAUCAGGUAUUGCUUUGAAAUAAGUGGGGAAGUAGAAUUUCAAAAACCUUUUAAUUGGAGCCCUGUCCUGGUUUUUCAGUGCAACCACCGCCAUGUGAUUUGCUUAGACUGUUUCUACUUGUACUGUGUGACAAGACUAAAUGACAGACAGUUUAUCUAUGACCCUCAGCUUGGCUACUCUCUGCCUUGUGUGGCUGGCUGCCCCAACUCCUUGAUUAAAGAGCUCCAUCACUUCAGGAUUCUUGGAGAAGAGCAGUACAACCGAUACCAGCAAUAUGGUGCUGAAGAGUGUGUGUUACAGAUGGGGGGCGUGUUGUGCCCCAGCCCUGGUUGUGGAGCUGGACUGCUUCCCGAGCCAGGCGUGAGGAAGGUCACUUGUGAAGGGAGCAAUGAUCUUGGCUGUGGGCUCAUCUUUUGCCGGGAAUGUAAGGAAGAGUACCAUGAAGGCAAAUGCAGCACCCUAUUUGAAGCCUCAGGAGCAGUGACUCAGGCCUACAAAGUUGAUGAGAAGGCAGCAGAGCAAGCUCGGUGGGAAGAGGCCUCCAAAGAGACAAUCAAGAAAACCACCAAGCCCUGUCCCCGUUGCCAUGUGCCCGUUGAAAAAAAUGGAGGAUGCAUGCACAUGAAGUGCCCACAGCCCCAGUGCCAGCUGGAGUGGUGCUGGACCUGCAGCUGUGAGUGGAACCGGACCUGCAUGGGGGACCACUGGUUUGACGUGUAGCCCUGCAAGCGGGCGCCCCACCGCCAGCCAACUUAGAGAUGUACAGUCCCACAAUUUGCUGCUCUUUCUCCAAACUCUCUCUCUUUCUCUCCCCCCCCACCACAUGCACACACACACACACACACACACACACACACAGAGACACGCACGCACCCCUCAAAUCCCUUCCCAAUCCACAAAAACAAAGUUACAGGAGAAGCUCCUGGAUCCCUUCCUUGGUGCUCAUGAAAAGCAGUGCGAAGUAUUCUCAGGCGUCAGCCCUCAAUACACAGACCCCAUAGUGCAGAUGGAAAGUGCACUCCACCUUUUGUAUGGAUUGCCAUUCUCCUGUGAAUUCCAGUCAGGCUGGAUUUAAGGACAGAAAGAUUUCUCAGGUUUCAUUUCCUGCAUUUGACCUUCAGCGAAGAUUGGGAAGAGGCCAUCAGUGAGGAAAUAGAUUGGAGAGACCGGUGUCGGGGGUUCUCUGUAAAACCGAGGGCAAUGGGUUCGACAACCCUAUUCCUGACUUUAGGAGCAAUGCUCUUAUUUAAAUUUUCAGAGAGUAUCUGUUCCCAAAGAACCCCAGGCAAUAGUCAAACUCUGUGUUUAUCCCUAAGGAUUCUACCUUUAUAUAUUGCAUCGGUGUAAUAUCAACUAUGCAUAAAUCAGCUUGUCAACUAGUGAGAAAUUAUGAAAGUUAAUUUGAAGGUUGAAAUUAUAGAAAUCAAAACUUCGUGUGCUUUCAUUCCAUUUAAUUAUUUGAGACCUCAGAAAGAAAUUGUUUUUCUGAAAGUACUACAAAGUCUAUAAUUUGAUUUUAAACCUUCAUUUUGCAGCUUGGAAGAACAAGCUAGUAUAUCUGGCUUCACUGUACAUUUAAUGGGUAAGGUGCCUAUAGAGGAGACGUUUUUGGAAAUGGCUUUAUAAUGAUUCUCAAUGUUAACAGAAGUGCAGGGUGUUAAAGCAGAAGUCUUUAAAGCAGGAGCAUGGCGAGGGCUGGCAAAAUGAAACCAAGACCGAUUCUAUCCCAGGGGGGGUCAGUGCUCUUUCUGCACCUGCUCUGUCCCCCAUCUGCAUGCCCCAGGGGCUCUGCUCCCUGAAUGGGUUCCUCCAAGAGGAGCUCUUCUCUAGAAGAGUGGAGUCACACUAGAAUAUUUCCUCACGUUGACAUGGAUUCAAAUGGAGUGUUUUCAUCUUUUUUUUUUUUGAGACAUUCACAACACAUCAAAAAGAGAUGUGUUUACACUAUGCAGCAAACCUCAUCUUCUUAUAGCACAGUGUACAGAAGAAAACCUAUAACCACCAUCUUCUGUUCUCAUUGUCUGUCUUCUCGGGGCUUCUCUUUGUAGACAUAGCACCAGAAAUCCUUGUUGGGGAAGGAGAGGUAAGGACCUUAGAAUAUUGCCCGAGAAUGUCUGUCCCUCUAUCCCUAACCAUUCUUCUAGGCUCUGUUUAGAAAAUCCAGCCUACCCCAAAGUUUCCAGACUCAUGUCAAGAAGCCUUAAAGAUCACAGCAAGGGAACGGAGAGCCAAUAUCUGUGAGCAUUACUGACAAUCCCAGCAAAUAGCUUCUGACACUGACCUGACAGGACAAAUCAGAUGGCUCCCUGCCAUAUGGAACACCCACUAUUUUAUAUUCACUAUAACUUUUGGGUUUAGUGAUGCUGUCGUGAUUGCUUCCCUCCAAACCGGCAUGUUGUGUUGGGUGCAUGAAACCCAAACAAGGUUUGCUCUCAUGGGUUCAGGCAUGAUAGAAGCUUCUGGGGCUCUCUGCUCCUUUCCUGGUGGUUGUCUUUUUU